AUGUCAUCCACUUCAAUCCCAAUGGCGAAACAAUGGGACGACGACGGCAGUGACCGUCCAUCAACAACCUCAUCGAAUGAGCAACCAGAGCACGUCGCUCAUGUUCGCUCGAGGUCGACAGCCCACACCAACAGCCCGAAGCGGCUAUCGGUCUUCAGUGGGCGUUCGCGAAGUAACACAACGACCUCGACUUCCUCCCGUCGGUCACCGGGCUCUUCCAUGACCUCGGAUGGCUCAAUUCCGGAUGAACGCACCGUAUCCUCGCUGGGUCAACGCUCCGAUAAGGACAGGUCAUCUCGGUCUUUUUUGGCGCGGGGGAGCCGCAUUCUACGUCGCCAGGGCAGCAAGAUCAACAUCGUUGCUACUCUGGACGAGGAGGAUGAGGCUGAUCGUGAAAAGCCCCAUAGAGAGCUGUUCGGGCGUCGUGCCCGACACGCUGAUAACAGUGAACGCUUGAAAAGCAUUAUAUCUGAUCCGUUCGACUUCCACCACCUGACUCACACCAAUCCGUCUCAGUUCCAAGCUCUGGAUCAGACACGUGAGAACGAUUUGGUCACCGAAUUCUCCGCCAUUCGCGCUUCGCAGCGGCCCCAAACCGGUCUGAAAGGGAUUCGCGCUGAGGACAUUCAUUUCCGCAAUUUCUCUGCCGAUGACCUCAGUGUAUUUGGAACUGCUACCACCGCCGACGGGCCAAGUAUGAGCCCGCCGGCCUCCCCAACCGCACCCCCGGGCCAUGCACGCAAGGGAUCCCGCGCGAACGAGAACUUCUCUCGUCCUGUCUCGAGGUAUCCUCGCUCUUGUCCCACCACUCCCCCUCCACCUGCGGUGCCAGAGACUCCCCCACCGGAGAGCUUGGAGCCUGAGCCCCGUGCCAUUGACGAGAUCUUGGGGCUGUCGUCAUCCGUAACAUACCCGGAGUGUCUCCAGUCCACGCCCCCAUCUCAAUUCUUUAACCCCGAGCCAACGGAUCACAGUGUCAGGACCUCGUCUAUGAGCAGCCAAUUUGAUCUGGCAGAUGUGCCAGAGGAAGAAGAGACCACGCGCUACUGGGAUAGCCCGCAAUCCAGCAUAGGGUGUCCUGACUCGCGCUCCGUGUCUCAAGCCAGUCCGCCUUCCAAGGCCGAACUACCCAGUGUCGAUGAGCACAGCGCUCCCAUGUCAAUGUUCGUCGCCGAGGAGCUGUCGAGGAAGUUUUCCGAGGCUCUUGGCUCCCCCACUCUCCCCCAACACCUUCAAAACACCAACCCUCAAAAGGAGGCCCCACCACCCGAGCCUAUCGCCACUUUGCAUCAAUUCUCAUACGAGGACGAGAUGUAUGACUCUUGGGACGCAGAUAUUGACUACUGCUAUGAGCACGCAGCAGAGUCUUCCUCCAACUUUGAUUGGACCCGUACUUCCCUUGAUGAAGCUCAUCCUCAAAUUGGGAUAGCUUGCAGCGAAGGACCUUGGCUUUCAUCCAAAACCCGUCACCUCCAACCCAGCCCACUCAGCACUUCCGAGCUUCCUACCCCGGAUCUGAACCCAAGUCCAGCAUCCAUGCCCACCCACCCAGCCGCCACCCCCCUGGGUGACUGUAACCCCGUCUUUCGCAACCCCGAAUACUUCCCCGUCAGCACUCUGGGAAAAAUCACCGAACCUCUGUACGAAGAGUACAUGACCACCGAUGGUGAAUCAGACCGUCACUUUCCUUUCUCCGGAGUGCCCAUCUCUCCCCGCAGCAGCUUCUCCCCAAUCAGCAAAUGCAACAGCCAAGAGAGCCUGAUGCUCUCUCGCGCGGCCUCUGUGGCCCGUAAGCACCGCUCGUCCGUGUCAACCAUGAGCGUUCCGGAGCUCGUUCAUUCGCUUUCAAACAGCCGCGAGCUGAUGCCCACUGACCGCCUCACAGCCGGUGAGGCUCUCACUCGUCCUGCUUCAGCGUCACACCGCCAAACCAAGAGCCUGGUCGAAUCAAACCGGCUCUCGCACAAUGGCAGUAGCACCAGUUUGGAAGAACUGCCGGUCCACGACCGAACCAAAUCUGUUUCCGAGGUUGAGGUCAAGGUUGAGGCUCCUUUGCCUCCUCUGCCUCCCAAAAACCCAAACCGGAAGCCGAAGAGCCGCUCGCCUUCGUACUCUCUCUUUCCUACCGCUCACUGA